CUGGUUAAUGUUCCUUACUGACCUCUCUUUAUUUGUCUGAGAAAUUAAACAAUAACAAAGCACCUUCUUUUAAGUGCUUGCUAACUGUUUCAUCAUGGUCAUGUAGGUUGUGGCAGUGAAUGAUUCAUGGAAGAAAGUGACGGUGAAGCUGAUUCCAAGAAUAGACUUGCAAGCCAUUGCCGACAAAUUUGUACUCGAUUUCAAAAAUAUUUUAUAUUUUAGUUAAUGUGAAUUACUCUGUGAAUAUCAAGAUAUGAAGCAUAACACCGUACUAGCUGCUUCUCUUCACCUCCCCAUCAUGAAAAAGAAAAAACGAAAUAACAAAACGCUGUGUUAGGGAAGGUGGGAGGGACAGUGCAUGUCAUGAUUUCUGGGUAAUUCUGCUUUGAGUUAUUUUGACCACAAAUUUCUUAAAGUAAUGCACAUAUGCUUGGAGUUGUUAGUCUUGUGUCUUAUUGGAGGUUGUGAUAUGAGUAUUUCCUUUACUACACAACGUAGGUCCUUUUAGUUGUUUGCAUAGUAUUACAAUGUUAGACUAAAGCAUAAUACUUCCUCUUCUCUUUGUUUUGAAUGUUUGAUCCUAUGCCCUAUUGGUACUUCUUCUUGAUAUUGACUAAGCACUUGAAGUAUUUAGCUAAUUAUGCACUUAGCAAUCCAGUUUUAACAACUCUUUAGUAUAUUUACAUUUAAAUUUAGGAUUAUAUAUCUUCCGCAGUCCGCUGCAGUAAUGCUGGUUAUAUCAUCUUCGUUGGUUGAAAAAAUUGUUGCUUAUUAUCCUCAAUACAAUUAUAAUUAUGGCUAGUCUACCUAAAAUACAUUUAUUCAGAGGCUACAGAUUUCCUCUUCGCAAGAGUUCAACAUCUUAUCUUAGAAUGGUUAAUGAGAGAAUGCAAAAAUGCAGGGAUGUUAUAGGGUUGGAAUCACUGUCAUCAGGGAUCUGUUAUAAUCUCAUCUCCACGGUUUAUAUUUUGAAGGGGAGAGGGCUUCAAUUCCUAAUGUUUAGUUACGGUUUAAGUUGAUCCUAAAACAACUCUAUAAUUUAGUAUUUAUAAACUUCUAGCGAUACGUACAUUCAUUAUCUGUACAUUCAUUACAUGACUAUUCGCAUGUUGAUGUUUCCAUACCUAGUCAUUUUUUACUUUGAACUAGCUUAGAUAGCUGAGUUUUUAUAAUGUUUUAUAGGGCGGGAGUUAUCCCAGCACCAAGACUAAUUAGCUCUACAGAGCUUGAGUAAUAUGCAUACUCCAUUUGUUACCAUUAAUAUCAUAGGUUGCAAGUACGUGACAAUUUUGCCUUAGUUAAACUGCAGAGACUUUAGGUCUCUGAUACAGUACCGAAAGGAUAGGGAUACAAACUUAAUGUUUAAAAUUCUCGACGGAAAGAUGCUGAAGGAUGGUUAUUUGUACAAAAAUGUGGGCACUAAUUCAUUGAGCUAUUAGGGUGUAAUGCCUACUGAAGCUGAACUCCUGAAGUUUGAACAUUCUAAAAGUGAUGGACCCGAUGAUGUAAGUGUCUUACCCAGCUUUACGGUGACCGGAAGAAAAAGAAAAUCACAAAUGAUUUCAAGGUUGGUCAGAAAGGAGGUGAGAAAGGAGAGGGUUCUUCAAGCUCUAGCAUGGAAAACAAUUUUGAAGUAAAUGAUUUUGUGUUUUUUGGGAACGAUUUUGGGAUUAUUAUUGGCAAGGAGAAAGAUGAUAGCUUUAAGAUCAUGAAAGAUGGUUUAGAGAGACCUGUGGUAGUGAGUGUUCAACUGCAUGUGUUGAAGCGUGCAUCUUUUGAUAGGAAGCUAUUCAAUGUGAAAGAUCAGCUAACCAAUACCAUCUCAGUUGGUGAUAUGGUUAGAGGUUUGGAUGGUCCUUGA